CACACACAUGCACGCAUGCACACGCACACCCACACACACACAGACACACACUCUUCAACAGAUGGAGACUGGAUGCUUUGACAGCAGGGACACGGCAGCUUUUUACUUCAAGCAGAACUCAGAAGAGUGAACACACGAUGAAAUGUGAAAUAGUUUUUCCAGCCUGUUUGCUGCUGCUCUGGACACUGACAGCAUCUGUCAGUUGUGAUGAUUCUGAGAUUAAAGUGGCCGUUGUCUCAAAUGGGAUUACGUUGUCUUGUGGGUCCGGAACAAUUGUAGACAGUAAAAAUAAAAGGAACUUAACGCAACCCUUAAUAUAUGAAGAUGCCAACACAGGGGAGUACGAAUGUAGCGACAGUGACCAAAAGAUCUUUGUGAAAUUUCGGACCUGCGACAAUUGCAUAGAGCUCGACGUGCCUUCCAUAAUGGGAAUAGUCAUUGGAAACAUGGCAGCUACAAUUGUGAUAGGAGUGGCUGUCUAUCUCACUGCAUCUCAGAACCGGAUCGGUCUAGUCCCCUCUCACAAGACAAGCUCUGAUAGACAACAUAUUCUUCCACAUGACAGAAGCAGAGCUACCAAUGACCAUUACCAGCCUCUGAAACAUCGUCAGACAGAAACGUAUGAUCAGCUUCACAUGAAAAAAUAAAAGGCAAUCUAGCUCGCAACCCCCCCCAACCCCCUGGCUGAAAACAUACGCUCCAUGUUUUCCUUUGCAACCCCAACAUCUGCAGGAGGGAAAAGUCUGGUAUCUGGGAUGGGUGACACGCCCUAAUUUAAUUUACGCUGCAUAAAACUGUUUUAGCUUUUUUCUUAUCAUUUAGCUUCACCGUGCCUGUAAGACGUUGCUAUUUUACGUAAAUGACCACUCACAUAAUGAGUAAAUAACCUUCUGUUUGUUAUCAGUGGUUAUCAGUCUUUGUUCUUGUUAUAGUAGUAUUUUAAUCAUUGUUGUAUUUUCAUUCAUUGUUUAUGUUUUUUUUUCUCUCUUUCUGUACUGUAUGUAGGGCUACAGCCACCUCAUAUCAUGAAUAAAAAAUAAAGUGUUUAUUUUCA